CAGCUCGACGGCAGGACGCAUGCCCAUCUGCUGGAGGCACAGGAGGAGGACAAAGCGACGGCCCUGGUCGCGGACGCAGAUGCGCGUAGGGCUAGGCUUGACCGAACAAUGUGGAGGGCGGCGGUGGCGGCGAUCGUCGGUGGCCGGGAUUCGAUCCGUCGGACUUCAAGGGGGGCCUUUGCAAAUAUUGGAUCCGGAAGUUUUCAAAAAAACCGUUAAAUCGGAUCGCGAGCUAUAACCGCUAUCCGAAUCAAGGGGGUAUUUUGUAAAUAAUUAAUCAGAUAAUCAUAUAGGUAUUUGUAAAACACCCCUGGAUCGGAUCGAGAUCCAUAAUCGCGAUCCAAAUCAGGGGGUAUUUUGUAAAUAUUUCAUCCACCAUUGUUUAAAAGAAAACCCGCAAAUGUUCUGGGGCGGCGGCGCGGCGCCGGAGCAGCCGGAGAGCCGAGCCCGCGCCGCCGCCGCCGACCUCUGCUCUGCUAGACCCGUUCCUCCAAGUGACCCGCGCGAGCUUCCUUCGACGUCUGUUAUCCUACGCGUUCGCCUCCUGCUCACCGCGCGCGCCACUCACGGCCCGAGCUCCUCCGGAGAUGCUGCCAGGGCCGAGGGCGGAGCAGCUCGCCAUCGCCAAGACCCGCGCGGACCUGCUCCACAAGGAGGAGGAGAUCUCCAGGACCUGUGUCCAUCUUCUGGAGACACGGGAGCAGCUCAUCGAGCCGGCAUCUGGCGGCGGCCGCGAAGCGAAAGAGAGAUGACGCUGAAGCAGCCGGGGAUGAACAUGAAGCGAGGCUUAGAGCGACCUUACGUGAAGCUUCCAAGUGAUGAGGGUGGACAGGCAGGCCGCGGAGGAAGAGCGGCUGCGGCGGGAGCAAGGCACGGAUUGAGCUGCCAGGACUGGAUCGCCGGGGCUGAUGACGACGCCGACGCCGUGGGUUCUUGACAGGAUUGCUGGCCAUGUGAUCAGUGUUCUGGACGUUUGCCUUUUCAAUUUGGGCGAUGCUGGCUUGCCUCAGUUGAAUGCUAGGAGCCUUUCAACUUCAGCUGCCUAGUGCUUUUGUGCACUAACAACCAGUGUUAAGCUAACCCUUCAGCAUCUCAAGCCUGGAACAAGUAUA